CAUCUCUGUUCGAUAAGCAUUUCAAAUUGAAAGUCAAAGUCAUUAGGACAGCAGAACAAAAGUGUGCCUUUUUUACGUCGGUGCCAUCUGAGGUUCGAAUUUCCAAAAAUCAGUUGCCCUUUUUGGCUGUCACAGUUGCUUCCGGGAAACCUUUGACAUCCCACUUUGAGAUCAAUCAUGAUCGCGGUGCAUCGCCUAGGUGUAGCUCGUAUAUCGUCGGCUUCUGCAAAUUUGAGGAGAAACCAUACUUGGAGCCAAUGCUUUGACGCCAUACAAUCCCGCAAUCCGACGUAUAAUGCGCUUAUCUCGGUACAGAGCCGAUCCGCGCUCGAGCAAUCAGCGGCAGCUUCCGACAAACGAUAUCAACAAGGCAAACCAUUGAGUCCACUCGACGGCACACCUGUCGUUGUCAAGGAUAACUUUUGCACCACCGCUUUGCCAACCACAUGUGCUUCUAAUAUGCUCAAAGAUUUCACGUCGCCAUACGAUGCACGUGUAGUGCAACUUCUCACUGAUGCUGGUGCCAUCAUGAUGGGUAAAAGCAAUAUGGACGAGUUUGGUAUGGGUUCGGCCAAUAUAUACAGCGAAUUUGGACCGGUGUUCAAUCCACUCGACGGUCCCAAACAGCCCACUUUAGAUAACCACCGUGUUGCGGGUGGAAGCUCGGGAGGAAGUGCAGCUGCAGUGGCUCUGGGCAUGUGUAAAAUUGCUUUGGGUUCUGAUACCGGUGGAUCGGUACGUUUGCCCGCUUCGUAUUGUGGCGUGGUCGGAUUCAAACCAUCCUAUGGCCGCUGUUCCCGAAAUGGUUUGGUCGCUUAUGCCAAUUCGCUGGAUACGGUGGGUAUUUUGUCCCAAACGGUCGAUGAUGCCCAGACUGCGUAUGAUGUAAUUGCCCAGUAUGACGAGAAUGAUCCUACAUCCAUGCCUGUACCAUUAAGGGAAGCUGUGGAUGGUCAGGACAGAGCACUGGCGGAGAAAUGGUCAUCCGACGAUUUAUCAGAGCUUGUCGUCGGUAUUCCCGCCGAAUAUUACGUCGAUCCCUUGUCAUUGGAAGUCAAGGAAGCAUGGCGCCGUGGAAUCCAAUGCUUGAAAGAAAGAGGAGCAUCGAUUGUCUCCGUGUCUUUGCCGCAUACACGUUUUGCUCUUCCUGCUUACUACAUUAUCGCUCUAGCAGAAGCGAGCUCCAAUUUAGCACGCUUUGACGGGAUCCGAUAUGGCCAUCGCAGCGGAGAUAAAAACUCGGCGGAUGAUCUGCUCUAUGCCGAUACACGGUCGGAGGGAUUUGGACCCGAAGUCCAACGUCGUAUUCUUUUGGGAACGCAUGUUCUUACAGCAGGGACUUACGAAAAGCAUUUCCUUCCUGCGCAGCAAACGCGUCGUCUUAUACAACGCGAUUUUGAUGACGUUUUCUUAUCGCCGAAUCCACUUUACAGCAGCAAGGAAGCCGCAGCCGAAUCGAUGGGCACCAAGGCGCAUGUCCUCUUAACACCUUGCGGCAUUUCGUCCGCACCCACUAUAGAAGAAAGCCGACACUCAAGUCGUCCUGUGGAUGCCUUUGUAAAUGAUGUCAUGACAGUGCCGGCCAGCUUGGCCGGUUUGCCUGCCAUUGCGAUACCCUUUGCAAAAUCUAGCGACAGCGGGUACCCGAUUGGGCUCCAACUAUUAAGUCAAUACGGUCACGAUCGCUCACUGCUGCGUAUUGCACGCGUGCUUUCAGAAUGUAAAUAGAAAAAACAAAGUUGCGUCCUAGAUACAUAGUAAAAUUACACAGGUUAUUGGUUGACCGAUGCAGUAGCAAUUAAAAUAUG